AUGUGCCCUACGUACCAGAAGCGUGCCAUCGUCGAGAGAGACAUUAAUCCAUGCACGACUGCUUUUCUAUUCGGCCGCCAGCAUGGCAGACACCUGGAGAUGGAAGCGUCGUUGAAAAAGAGAAAAGGCCCGCCUCGCAUUACGCGGCGCGUACGUUUGGAAAAUACGCUCAUUUCGCGCCGACUCGUCGCAGCGACGGUGGCUUUGAGGACGAAUUUCGACGUUCGCUUGCUGAAAGUGGUCAGUGUCGAUCUUAGAUUCGCAGAAACUGAUGACUUUUCACAAACUGGCGACAACUGUUCUCGUCGGCGAACUGAAUUCUGGAAAAACCGUGGCGUCGAGCCAUUGCUGAGCAACGUCUUUGACAGAAUAGAACCCUUGGAAAGAAAGCGGACAAAAAAUGUUACAGUGGAGAAAAUGUCGGCGAAAGAAAAUGACAAUGAGGACUAA